AUGCUGACGGCCUUGCCUUUCUACCCGCAGAUGGCACAGGUGAUGGAUAGCCCGCAUAGAUCGCUACUGGGGGACGGGCAUGGCAAAGACGACCCCAUGGCCCCGCGAACCGUUCCUAUUCUUACGCCAACCAUCCAGAUGUCGGCCCCGGAUAGCGAGCCCAUGGACAUCACAACUCCUACCAACUCAUCCGCGCCUGCCUCUGCCACCAAGAGCCCCGACCGGGAGAGGGACCGAGACACCAAUGGUACUCCCUCUCGGUCAGAAGGUCAAGGGGCAAGCGGCUCCAUGACAAUGCCUGCGCCGACAGCGGCAGCGGCAGCAGUCCAUGGUCCCAAGAUCGUUCAGACAGCUUUUAUACAUAAGCUAUAUAAUAUGCUCGAGGACAGCAACAUUUCCCAUCUCAUAUCUUGGUCAGGCACUGAAGAGAGUUUUGUCAUGUCGCCAACCUCGGAAUUCUCCAAGGUUCUUGCGCAAUACUUCAAACACACCAAUAUUUCUUCAUUCGUCCGCCAGCUAAACAUGUAUGGCUUUCACAAGGUGAGCGACGUGUUCCACAAUGGCAGCCCCGAGCACCCCUUGUGGGAGUUCAAGCAUGGAAACAACAGUUUCAAGAGGGGCGACUUGGUCGGACUGCGAGAGAUCAAGCGGCGCGCUUCGCGCCACGCCCUCGUCACCCAAAAGGCACCGCCAUCACAGCCUGGGACGCCCGCCGAGCCAAUGCAGCCCAUACAAGACGCUGGCGGUGACCCGAGGCUCUUUGGAAUCGAGCGCAGUGUUCAGGAUCUUUAUGCAAGGCUUGACCGUUCCGAGUCAAACGCGCAUUACAUGCAGGUCAAACACCAGGCACUCCUUGACUCUGUCAACCGACUCUUGUCCUUUAAUCAAGAACAGUCGCGGAUUCUGAUGAACUUGGUGUCACCCGAAAACCCCAUCCACAGAGACGCCCUUGCAUUACGGGGAGACAUACAGCGUCAGGUUGAGAUCAUCCGUGGUCUGGAAGAUCCUCACGAAGCACCGUACUCGACCAGCCGUGCAUACCUCGGCAGUGUGGAGAACGCGCCGGUCUCGCCCCGGCAGUUGCCACAGGACGACCAGCGAAGGUCGAGUCUUGCUCCACCAGGCCAAAGUCGUGCGCCGUACGACUACCGGCCAUCAGUCCCCUCCAAUCUUUCUAUUUCCACACGUCGCCCGUAUGGCUCCAUUGGCGGCAGCACCAUGAACCAAGUUUCCACCCCGCCGGCGCAAUCGCCGUCUGCCCUACGUCCACAAGCCCCUCCGCCCCCUCCUGCGGCGCCUCACCCACUCGCCGCUGUAGAGCAUCCGGGCAGUCUCGCUCGGCGACAUACCUCAGCAGAUAUACGCGCUCACGGAUGGCAGCCCCAGCCGCCCCCUUUCUCCUCGGGGCCACCCUCCAGCCAUCUCCCGUCUUCACCUAGUCACCUUGGCCCACCCGAUGAACGUCGUGAAUCGUUCUCACAAUAUCCCUUCCCAGCAACUCAUCAGUCCCACUCUCGACCAUCGAGCCCACCACCGCCACAACCCAACUUCCCGAAUGGUGACGGGUUUGAGAAGCUGAGGAACUGGGAGUGGGGCUCGGCGACACAGAGCCGAAGGAGUAUUUUUCAAGACAGCUCAGCUCCACCAACUCGGCGCGGAAGCAUGGCCCAUAUUUUGAACAAUGAUGACGGGGAUGACCUUCGAGGAGACGAUGACCGAAAGAGAAAGCGACUGGCCUAA